AUGCGUCCUGAAAUUCUCUACGAAACCCUAAAUAAACGAGAAGUUUGUGUUUAUGAUUGGAUUGUAUUAAUAAAACAAGAAAUAACAAAUGAAUUUAUUUUUCGUACAAAUUUUGAAGAACAAGAAAAUGACCCAAGAGCAUUAAAUGGUUAUAAUAUUGAAAAUGGUGAAAAAAUUUUUCAAUAUUUAAUUGAUUAUAAUCAAAGACGUGAAGAAGAAUUAUUUCAAAAUCAACUUCAAACAUGUUCAAUUUGUACAGAUAUUAUGCCAGGUUUAGAUUGUAUUCGUCUUCAUCGUUGUGGGCAUUUUUAUUGUCGUCCUUGUUUAAAUCAUUAUAUUCGAAUGACAUUUGACAACGGAAAAUUUGGAGAAAAUCUUCAUUGCCCACAGGAUCAUUGUAAACAAGCUUUACUUCCAACAGAAAUAAAACAAACUCUUCAAAAUGAAGAAUUAUAUGAAAAAUAUGAACGAUUAACAUUACAACAUGGACUUGAAUCAAUGAAGGAUAUCGUUUGGUGUCCAAGAUGUCAAUCACCUGUUAUUAGUGGCCCCGAUGAUGAUAAUUUAGCUAUAUGUGACCGAUGUCGUUAUACAUUUUGUAAAAAAUUUUAUGAAACAUUUCAUUCUCNUCUGGGCUGA